AUGGACGCAAUGCAACUUACCAGCAAAAACAGUCUAGCUACUAGUACAACUACAGUGAAGCCGCCGGAAUUCGUCACCAUUUCAUCGAAAACAAUUCGAGAUAUGUUAGCCGCACUAACAGCAGACGAACGGACACAGAGAUUAAGAGAUCUGAUCAAAGAGGCAGGAUUUGGGGCCGGAGGCCGAAGACCAGCAGCGAGUAAUUUGACGCGAACGCGUGCCUCUGAUCGGCCAGCUGAUCGUGCAUGUAGAGAGAUUGAAAAGGAUCUUAUGCCAAAUUCAGUAGUUCAUAUACUUGGCGGCGAACCCGUAGCCUUUGCAGAGUAUCCACAUGUGGCUAAAAUUGUCUAUGACGUAGAUGACGUGACGUGCGGUGGGACAUUGAUCGACAAACGUUUCGUUCUGACUGCUGCUCACUGCAUAGAAACGAGGGGCAGUAAAGCUUUGAAAGUCAUUUUGGGUGUGACGGACUUUAAUGAUGCCGAACAAUGGCAAACACGACUCGAGGUGGAUAUUAAAGCCACCUAUGUACACGAGAACUAUUCAAGCUUUUUCAAUUAUUUUGAUAUUGGCUUGAUUGAAUUGGCUAAAGAUGCUGAAUAUAGUGUCAAGGUUUACCCAACUUGCCUGCACACUGAUCUUACGGAUCUGCCGGAUAACACCGAACUGAUUGUGACCGGUUGGGGAGUCACCGAAAAUAAGACAACUUCAGCUCGCUUGUUGGCAGCCAAGCUAAAUACGGUACCGCUUGCACAAUGCAACAUUAGUUAUACAGAUCAGAUGGCGCAUGAGACGCAGCUUUGUGCCUUUGCUCCGGGGCGAGAGGCUUGUUGGGGUGACUCAGGCGGUCCAUUGCAACUAAUCAAAGACAAAUGGUUGGGUAAAUAUAGAGUUGUUGGCGUCGUUUCAUUUGGCUUAGUUUGUGGCACAAAGUUACCGGGUGUCUACACAAAGGUGGCAGGGUUUUUGGACUUUAUCGAAAGCAUUGUUUGGCCUGAUGGCAGAUAA